CCUGGGUCAUGUGACCACAAAAUGGUGGAAGCUGUUAGCUUUUUCUAAGCUGAUCAUCUCUACCAAGAGCCUGGGAGGAAGAGAGAAAAAGUGUGAGAUACAGCUGAAAUACAUCCAUGCUCUAAGACAGAGAAGGACAGAGAUUCCUGUGCCCCAGUAGUGGGAUGGACCUGGCGUCUCACAGUAAGACGACCUCCGAGGGGGCCGAGGGCAGACCAGCCCCUCCCAAUUCGCUGCCCCUGCAGGGUGCUCCAGGUGGCCCGUCCCAGAGGAAGAAGCUCUCUGCCCCAUGUAUCAGCCUCUCAUUGGACCAGAGCGAGGACGACGCCCUAGAGACGCCCGACGACCUUGACAUUAACGUGGACGACCUGGACACACCCGAUGACGCAGACUAUCUGGACUACACCGACAAUGAGCUGGACUGGGAGGAACCCCCAACAGGGGAAAAGGAGCCGUUCGAGCCGAUUCCCACAUGUAGCACGGAGGAGGAGCGUCAGGAUGGGAAGCUGUGUAGGGCAGUGGUCAUCGGAGAGCAGGAACACCGCAUUAACAUGGAGAUCAUUGAGCCCUACCAGAGAGUUAUCUCCCAUGGAGGGUACUAUGGAAAUGGAGUGAACGCCAUCAUAGUGUUUGCGGCGUGUUUCCUCCCUGACAGCGACAGUGAGGACUACCAUGAAAUCAUGGAGCAUCUCUUCCUGUAUGUGAUCAGCACGUUGGAGCUGAUGGUGGCGGAAGACUAUAUGAUCAUCUACUUGAACGGAGCCACGCCCCACAGGAGGAUGCCUGGACUGGGCUGGCUCAAGAAGUGUUACCAGAUGAUUGACAGGAGGCUCAGGAAGAAUUUGAAAUCCUUCAUCAUCGUCCACCCGUCCUGGUUUAUACGGACCAUACUAGCCCUCACUCGGCCCUUCAUCAGCACCAAGUUCAGCAAUAAGAUCAAGUAUGUGAACAGCCUGGCUGAGCUGCAGGAACUCAUCCCCAUGGAACACGUCCACAUCCCAGAGUGCAUCAUUAGUCUUGACGAGGAGCUGAAGGAAGCGGCGGUGAGCUCAACAGUGAGCAGUUUCCUCCAGGGACCCGAGCCGACGCCGGGGAGACCUGAGUGAAGCCGAUAAAACCAACGCGAACAACUCCUAGACAAAGUGGCAUUCAACGACGGUGGAAAUGAAUGCUCGUCUCGAAAUGGAAUGUCACGUUGUUUGAAAACUCAUGAUUGUCUUGUGUGCUGGAUGCAGUAAAAACAGAUGUACUGUAAGGUAUAUUCCUGUGUAUUUGUGCGACGUGGAGUCGCCAUAUUCCCUGUUAGCACUCAGACGUAGAUCCUAUGAAGACCACUGUAAAAUCCAUCUACAACACCUCUGACAGACCAGAGAUGAGCAUGUGGGGUUUCUUAAUGCUGGUCUUUGGGACCCACAGGUUGCACUGUUUUGUUUCUUCCCAGCACUAACGUACCUGGUAGCAAACCAUGGUCUUGAUGAUGAGUUGAAUAAUGAGGUGUGUUAGUGCUGGGUUGGAACAAAAAUGUGCACUCAUGCAUGUUGCCCAGGACCAGUAUUAAUAAUCCCCACGAUGAGACUACUGGGAUACUUGACAGUAAAUCCACAUUACCAUGAUAGUUUGUGAAGAACAUAAAUAUGAUGUGGUCACUCACAGUGCAGUACACACGUCCAUUCAAAGUUUUAAUGUUGUACUUAAUAAUGCAUGAGAAGUGGUGAAGCACUAAUAUUGUCCAUCUUGGAUUUAGACAAGUCAUUAUGUCCUUGAGACAUCACAUCAAUGACGGAACGUCAAAAUCAAUCUCACAUAUCUAUGACAUACUAAAAUCCAAUCCCCUUAGGAAACGACCAAGUAACGCGUCUCAUCAAUCUUGUUUUACAUCUGAAAAUCUUUUGGAUCUUGAUGAGAGUGUUAGACAGAUAAAUCCCUAGAUGUUUUCACUUUGAAUCAAUCUGACGAACAGUGGAUGACAAGAGUAACCACAGAAAAAUAUAAUGAAUUAUAUUUGUGUGUAACUAAGUGAAUGUGUGAAAACAAGCUAUCAUUACAUUGUGAGAGCAUGUCUUUUCAGAUGACUGGUCCUGUGAGAGUCGAGUGUGAUGUGUGUGUGUGUGUGUGUGUGUGCGCGUGUGUCCUGUCAGUGUGUUUCCGUCAGACAUCCUACAUGUUCACCAUCUAGGGCUCUUGUCUCUGCACCAAACAGGAUAUGACCUCAAGAGGAGGACAGAGAGAGAGAAGCGGGGGUCUCUGUGUAAAGCACAAUAUCGCGUACUGUGUGUGUCAGUGUGUGUGCGUGUUUCAAUGCAUGCUUCCUCAGAUGCUCGGUGGCUCUUUGACCCAGGGCUCUUCUACAUUGUGUGUAAAAUGUGUUAUAUGAUGGAACACUAUAUCAAUAAAUACAACUUUUACUCCGA